AUGCCCAUGCUCGCAGAAUGUGAGAGAAUCCUCGGUGAUGGCCUUCUACGAUUGCCCGCGCAGCACAACUACCGCUACAGCCCAACGGCGGAAAAGGACUUGCUAGAGCUUCUCUUCCGAUCGCUGGUCGGACACAACGAAGAGCUGAUACGUCACCUGUUCCCCGGUGGUGUGCCGACAGGCCCGUGGAAGCUGGCCGAAGCCCACGGCGCCCGCGAAGGUGCCGAGUAUAGCGAGGCUGCGCGGGGCAAGCGAUGCGGUCACAUCUUCCGAGCGGGGGAAGCCACCUAUCGCUGCGUGACCUGCGCUGCGGAUGAUACUUGCGUGCUUUGCAGCCGAUGUUUCGAUUCUUCAGACCAUACGGGUCACCAAUAUCAGAUUUCACUGUCCUCCGGUAACUGCGGCUGCUGUGACUGCGGUGACGAGGAGGCUUGGCGGCUACCACUUUUCUGCGCGAUUCAUACAGACAGUGGUCAUGCCAAGGAGAAAGAGCGAGAGCAAAGACAGCUUCCGUCUGAGCUGGUAUCUACGAUCCGGUUAACGAUCUCGCGCGUGCUGGACUAUUUCUGUGAUGUCAUUUCUUGUUCGCCCGAGCAAUUGCGUUUAGGGAAAACUGUCGAGGGAAUCAAGGCAGAUGAAGAAGCUUCAAGACUGCGUUCGGGUUGGUACGGUGAAGGCGACCUGGAGGAAGAAGAACCCGAGUUUGCUGUGAUGCUAUGGAACGAUGAGAAGCACACGAUCCGAGACGUGGCCCAUCAGGUCACCCGUGCCUGUCGCGAACGAGACAGCUUUGGCGUUGCACGAGCACAUGAGACCAACGACAUCGGUCGAAGCGUGAUUAGGUACUCGAAGGAUCUUCAGAGACUGCUGGCAGUGUCCAAGAUUAUCGAGGAGAUCAAGGUGACAGUCACAGUACGCUCCGCCCGCGACACAUUCCGUGAACAAAUGUGCGGGACAAUAGUCGAGUGGCUGGCAGAUAUUGCUGGCUACAGUAUCCUCGAUGAUAAUGAGAUCUUCAGACAAAUCAUUUGUGAAGAGAUGCUCAGUCCUUGGAGGAAAGGAAGCGGAGCCUACAAUGCCGAGAUCGGCAGGAAGGGCAUUGACGAUCACCAGCGAGCCGAUUCGCAUCUUCCUGGCCGGACAGUCAUGCUUACUCUGCCGCCACACGGCCAGAUUAUGUUAGCGACGGAAGACGAUGUUGAAGAUGACGAUGCUGAAGAAGGCAACGAGCUGGAUGAGGAUGAAGACUACGUGGAAGCUCAUGAUGACGCCGAUGACGAAGAUGAUGAGAUGGAACUCGAGCUUGCUCGGCUUCAGGCUGAAGCUGAUGGUGACGAUGGUGACAUGGACAUGGACAUGGGCCCAGACGACGAACUUGCUCUUGCUGAGCGCAUUCUGGCUGAUCUGACUCGUCCACCUCGACAUAGUCCUCCGCCUGAAGAACCAGAAGAGCAGCUUCCUCAACAGGAGCAGUCCGAUGCAACCGCAUCGGGCUCCCAAAGCUACGUAUCCAUCCCAAGGACUCCCCACGCCGUGGUCAAACCAACCCCGGCGAGAACCGAAGGCCACUGGGAAGUGCGGCCACCUAUGCCUGCCCCUGGCGAAAAGGUCGCUCCUUAUGAGGACCUGUGGCAGCGUACUCGUCUCGACUGGCUGGUCCUUUUCGACCUCCGGCUGUGGAAGAAGACGCGCACUGACCUGCGGGACCUCUACAUCAGCACUGUUGUCAAUGUUCCACAAUUUAAGCGUAUCAUGGGUCUCCGCUUGUCUGCAUUGUACACUGCCCUUGCGCAGCUCUAUCUCAUUGCAGACCGAGAGCCGGACCACUCUAUUGUCAACCUCUCGUUGCAACUGCUCACGACACCUUCAAUCACCGAGGAAAUUGUCUACCGGGGAAACUUCCUCACUAAGGUGAUGUCUAUUCUCUAUACUUUCCUGACAACAAGGCAAGUUGGUGAACCUCAAGCCGUCAAUCCAAACGCCACCUUGGCAUUUGAUUCUGGCUCAGUGACCAACAGACGCCUCUAUCACUUCUUCCUUGACUUGCGAUAUCUUCUUCAGUCUGAGUAUGUCCAGCACCGUGUUCGCACAGAAGAACAGUAUCUGCCUCAGUUCCUGGAUCUAGUCAAGUUGUCUCAGGGUAUUUGUCCCAAUGUGCGCGCGGUGGGUGAGCAUGUCGAAUAUGAGACCGAUGCGUGGAUCAGUGCAUCGAUCCUUAUGCGGGAGAUCAACCGACUUUGCCGCCAAUUCUGCGAAUCGUUCCGAAACCCUGAAAUCGAUGACGGUCAUAAUCUUUUGCGGGCGAUCAAGACUACCACUCUCACCGCGAUUAUUCACUCCACGGGUGUGGAACGCAAGCGGUUCGAGCAGGCAGAAAUCAAGGAGGAAAUCCGCUUUAAGACUCUGCCGCCCUUCGAUUUCGAAAUCGGUAGAUCCGGCCAGAUUCCAUGCCACCGGGUGGUCGAAUUUGUGGUAGAGAAGGGCUCUAUCAGUUUCCACCAUGCGCUCCAUUAUACUCUGUCAUGGCUCAUUGAGUGUGGACGUGGAGUGAGCAGUGGGGUGAUGCGCAGUGUCCUUUUCGAAGCUGCGCAAAAUGCCAGAGACGAGCUUCAUACUCUCAAGAUUGCUGGGAAGCCCGUCGACGAGAAUCUUCUCACUCUCGGCCCCGAGGAUCUUCUUCUGGCCAUGUUCGAUUACCCUCUGAGAGUGUGCGCCUGGCUUGCGCAGAUGAAAGCCGGUAUGUGGGUGCGGAAUGGUCUGAGUCUUCGACAUCAGAUGUCCCAAUACCGUGGUGUGUCUUCUCGAGACUUUGCCUACUACCGGGAUAUCUUCCUUCUGCAAACCGCGAUGGUGACAUGCGACCCUAACCGGGUUCUUGCAUCGAUUGCGCACCGAUUUGGUAUGGUCGACUGGAUGUCUCGCAACUACAUGCCUCGAUCUGGCUAUGAAGAUUCCCAGAUUGUUGAUGUCGCCGAGGAAUUCGUCCAUCUGUUGGUCAUUCUGUUGACAGAUCGUACCUCCUUGACUGCAAUUGAUGAUAGCACUCAUCUGACCAAGGAAAACAUCAGCCGUGACAUCGCUCAUGUCUUGUGUUUCAAGCCUCUCUCCUUCUCUGAUCUCUCGACUCGCCUGAGCGACAAGCUGCUUGACUCUGAUGAGUUCCAGGAUGUGCUCGAGGAGGUCGCCAACUUCCGUCCCCCAGAGGGAUUGAGCGACUCGGGAACCUUCGAGUUGAAGCCUGAGAAUCUCGAUCUGGUGGAUCCUUACAGUGCACACUACACCAAGAACCAGCGAGAUGAGGCAGAGAGUAUCUACAGAGAAUGGCAGGCCAAGAAGACCGGCAAGAAGCCGUCCGAUAUUGUCUAUGAGCCGAAGCUUCGACCUAUCAGCUCUGGUGUUUUCUCCGAUCUCCCGCGCUUCACUGGCACUAUGAUCUUUGCUCAGAUCGUCCACCAGUGCCUGGAGUACGUCGUUUCAUGCCAAGAAUGUACACCAAAUAUUCCUCCUACGCGCGUGGAAACCUUCCUGCAAGUCAUUUUACACCUUAUCCUGGCUGCAGUGUUGGAAGACAACUCUCAAGAUGGCGACAUGGAGACAGACCAGAGCCAGUCGUUCAAUUUGCAUGCUCUGUCCAAGUCCCGUGAGAUCAAGGUGGGCAAACUGACCAUUGUCGGUCUAUUGGAGAGAAUCUCUGUGAUGAACGAGUUCUCUUCCUGUGGACCCAAGAUUCGCCAUAUUCUCAAGCGCCUGUGGCAGAAGCGCCCGCAGACAUACACCUCUGCCACUGCCACUCUUAGGUUUCCCUUCGACCGCAUCGAUACGAACUCUCCUGCAAUCGACCUGGACGGUGAGAAGGAAACCAAGAAGAAGCAGGCCCUGGAAAGACAAGCGCGAGUGAUGGCGCAGUUCCAGCAACAGCAGCAACAGUUUUUGAACAGUCAAGGCGAUAUCGACUGGGGCGAGGAGGACUUUAGUGACUUGGAGUCAGAGACAGAGGCUACCCUGGAAACGAAAAUGUGGAAGUAUCCCAGCGGAACCUGCAUUCUGUGUCAAGAGGAAACCAAUGACUCGAGGCUCUACGGUACUUUUGCUCUUAUACAGGACAGCACCAUCUUGCGACAGACCGACAUCAGAGAUCCCGACAGGAUACGUGAAGUGCUGCGGACACCUACGAGCCUGGACAGGUCUGCUGAGGAUAUCCGACCGUUCGGUGUUUCUGGAGAAAACCGCACUACAAUUCGCCGACUAGACUCUUCUGGAGGUGAGGUGAUCAGCGAGAAGGUUGGCCUUAGCAAGGGCUUCAACCCGAAGAGCACCCAGCGCGGACCCGUAACAACUGGUUGCGGUCAUAUCAUGCAUUACUCGUGCUUUGAGGUUUAUUACGGGGCGACGCAGAGACGACACACUCAACAGAUUGCGCGCAACCAUCCCGAGAACACAUUGCUCAAGGAGUUUGUGUGUCCACUGUGUAAAGCGCUUGGAAAUGCAUUCCUUCCAAUUACAUGGAAGGGCAAGGAAGAAUCCUACCCCGGUGCAUUGAGCACAUCGAGUUCCUUCGAUGACUGGAUGGGCGCAGGGCUGAAGAAUACCUUGAACCAGUCACAAAAUUUCCCUAUUCUCAUGGUCGAAAAGGAUAAGGCGUAUCAGCAGCCUUAUUCUGACUUGUUUGUCGACUAUCUCUCAAAGACCCUGGUGCCUCCGCUUGCCUCCAAGGUCGGCCAGCUGGUGAGCUCUUCAGUCACAUCAGCUGCUUCCAUUGCCGCGCCUCCGCAUUUCAUUUCCUCCUCAUCGCGGAUGGCAAUGCCAGGCUUGUUCCCCGGUACAGAAGAUAUCUCGCCACCUAGUCCGUUACAGCAAGUCUCAAGUCCAUCGGACAGCCCUAUGACUGAGCUUCUGCAGAUAUAUAGGCGUCUGAAGAAGACAAUCAAGAUGAACCACAUCCAAUCGAUCUUCAACAACCCUCCCGAAACAAUCAACAAUGAUGACCUGGUGCAUACUGAUUCUCUGAUCCGAAGCUUUGGCUUCAGUAUCGCUGCUGUGGAGAUUGCUCAACGUGGGGUUGAGUCAGAACCAGGCUUAACUUUGCUGGACAAGAUUCCGCCUCUGACAUUGACGCAUCUGCGUGUCUUGUCGGAGACAGCCCUGACCUAUGCUGCAGUGGGUUGUGUUCAUUCCGGCGGAGGCACCAAGAGCCUCCCGACACACGAGUUCCAGGAAAUGCACCGUCAGAAAAUCUGCCAGUUGCUUUGCGGGCAUCCUUGCCUGAGCGGCACCCCGUUGUUGAACGAUGUUAGGAACAUCGAACCUCUACUGGCCAUGGAUACGUUUGUUUUCCUGGCUGAGUGCUCGCUGUCAUUGCUUCCAGUUCUCCAUAUCGAUAUGCGCCAUCUGAUUCAAAUGUGCUACGUUGCUGAGAUCGUCAAGGUUGCUGUGACCUUUAUCCUGUGGCCUUUGGGACUGAAAGAGGAACUUGCCCAACAAGGGGAGGCAGAUCUUGCAGGUUCCGAGGUUUUCAACGAGCGAUACAGUGCUACACGACACUUCUUCGACUCGAUUGUCGCUGAGCUCAAGGCAAACUCUGUUGGACGCGCCGAGGGCUCCUCGUUCCCUGCCGAGAGCGGCUAUGUGAAGGAUGGAGAAGAGUCUGCUACUUCAGCCGUCAUCAUUGCCCUUCAUCGCCUUAUUUCAAGCUACGCUCUUACAUUCCUGCGCAAGGCCGUGAUCCUCCUUCACGUCCAGCAUGGCGUCGACUUCCCGCAUUUGGGUUUCGCUGAUGUAGGCGCAUCGGAGCUCGACAGACUCACCAAGGCCCUGCAUCUGCCUUCAAUUGAUGAGUUUUUCAUGACUAUUAACCCUGCGCGCAAGAGCAAUAGCCCCUUCGACGCGGUCAUCUCGGGAUGGAUCUUCCACUGGAACGCCUCGCGCUCCGGCAUCCGAUUCGAGGACCACCGACUUUGGCCCAGUCUUCCACACCCAGCAAUCUUCGAGCUUGUUGGUCUGCCCAAAUACUUCGACAGCCUGAUCGAAGAAGCGAACCGACGCCGCUGCCCCAACUCAAAGAAGGAGCUCAGUGACCCGAGUAUCUGUCUUUUCUGCGGAGAGAUAUUCUGCUCACAGGCAGUAUGCUGCAUGCACAACAAGCUGGGUGGCUGCAACCAGCAUCUCCAAAAGUGCGGCAAGAACAUUGGGCUCUUCAUCAACAUCCGCAAGUGCACUGUGCUCUACCUUCACAACCACAACGGCUCCUGGCACUGGGCCCCCUACCUCGACCGCCACGGCGAAGUCGACCCCGGCCUUCGCCGCAACCGCCAACUAAUCCUGAAUCAGAAGCGCUACGAUCGCCUGCUGCGCGAUGUAUGGCUGUCGCACGCCGUCCCAGCAACGAUCAGCCGCAAGCUGGAAUCAGAGAUCAACAACGGCGGAUGGGAAACGAUUUAA